AUGCGGCGGCCUAGCCCCAGCGGCCGCUGCCCCCUCCUGCUGGUGUUGCUGCCGCUGCUCCUCGCAGCCACCGCAACAUCCCCCGCCAGCCCCAGCCCCAGCCAGGCUGUCGAGGUCGCGGUGAUCACUGGCCGUCCGGCCGGUAUCGCCUCUUGUCGCUGCUGCCCAGGCGGGUCACCCGGGAGGAGACGCUACAUCAGAGCCUCCUGCAGGGUCCGGAGCUGCCCACCUGUAAAGGGCACAGACCCUCAGGGGUGCCUGACCCGGGUGCCCCCUGCACCGAGCAGCAGCCCCAGCGUGAGGAAGAGACAGGUGUCCCUUAACUGGCAGCCACUGACGCUGCAGGAGGCUACAGCUCUACUGAGGCGACGGCGGCCCCGCGGGCCGGGGGGCCGGGCACUGCUGAGGAGGCCCCCACCACAGCGCGCCCUCGCCGGCCAGACCCGCGUCCUAUGUCCCUUGAUCUGUCACAACGGCGGUGUGUGCGUAAAGCCGGACCGCUGCCUCUGUCCCCCGGACUUCGCGGGCAAGUUCUGCCAGCUGUACUCAUCGGGCGCCCGACCUCCGGCCCCGGCCAUGCCAGGCCUCACCCGCUCCGUGUACACGAUGCCACUGGUCAACCAUCGCGAUGACGAACACGGCGUGGCGUCUAUGGUGAGCGUCCACGUGGAGCAUCCGCAGGAGGCGUCCGUGGUGGUGCACCAGGUGGAGCGUGUGUCUGGGCCUUGGGCGGAGACGGACGCCGAGGCCGUGGCGCGGGCGGAGGCGGCGGCGCGGGCGGAGGCGGCGGCACCUUACACCGUGCUGGGACAGAGCGCGCCCCGCGAGGACGGCUACUCGGAUUCCUCCGGCUACGGUUACUGCUUUCGGGAGCUGCGAGGAAGCGAAUGUGCGUCCCCGCUGCCCGGGCUUCGGACGCAAGAAGUUUGCUGCCGAGGGGCCGGCUUGGCCUGGGGAGUUCACGACUGUCUGCCGUGCUCGGAGCACCUGGGGAACUCCAACCAAGUGGGCGCCCCAGAUAGACCGUGUCCAGCAGGCUUUGAAAGGGUUAAUGGGUCCUGUGAAGAUGUGGACGAGUGCGCGACCCCAGGGCGCUGUCAGCACGGGGAGUGCGCGAACACGCACGGCGGGUACACAUGUGUGUGCCCCGAUGGCUUCCUGCUCGACUCGUCCCGCAGCAGCUGCAUCUCUCAACACGUGAUCUCGGAGGCAAAGGGGCCCUGCUUCCGCGUGCUUCGCGAGGGCGGCUGCUCGCUGCCCAUCCUGCGCAACAUCACCAAACAGAUCUGCUGCUGUAGCCGAGUAGGCAAGGCCUGGGGCCGGGGCUGCCAGCUCUGCCCACCCUUCGGCUCAGAGGGGUUUCGGGAGAUCUGCCCGGCUGGCCCUGGUUACCACUACUCAGCCUCUGACCUCCGCUACAACACUAGACCCCUGGGCCAGGAGCCACCCCGCGUAUCCAUCAGCCGGCCUCGCCCCCCACCUGCCACCUCUCGUCCACCAGCAGGCUUUCUGCCCACCCACAGACCUGAACCCCGACCUGAACACAGACCUGAGCCCCGGCCUGGCCCUGAGCGUCCCCGGCCCAGCAUCCCUGCCUGGUCUGGUCCUGAGAUCUCUGAAUCAGGUCCCUCCAUGUGUCAGCGCAACCCCCAAGUCUGCGGCCCUGGACGCUGCAUCCCUCGCCUCAGUGGCUACACUUGCGUGUGCGACUCCGGUUUCCGGCUCAAUCCCCAGGGCACCCACUGCAUCGACGUGGACGAAUGUCGCCGCAUCCCCACGCCCUGUGCGCCCGGGCGCUGCGAGAACACUCCGGGCAGCUUCCGCUGCGUGUGCGGCCCAGGUUUCCGAGCAGGCCCGCGGGCGGCCGAGUGCCUGGACGUGGACGAGUGCCACCGCGUGCCGCCGCCGUGUGACCGCGGGCGCUGUGAGAACACACCAGGCAGCUUCCUGUGCGUGUGCCCCGCCGGGUACCAGGCCGCACCUCACGGAGCCAGCUGCCAGGAUGUGGACGAGUGCACCCAGAACCCGGGCCUAUGUGGUCGAGGCGUCUGUGAGAACCUGCCCGGCUCUUUCCGCUGUGUUUGCCCGGCUGGCUUCCGGGGCUCGGUGUGUGAGGAAGAUGUGGAUGAGUGUGCCCAGGAGCCACCACCCUGUGGGCCAGGCCGCUGCGACAACACAGCUGGCUCCUUUCACUGUGCCUGCCCCGCCGGCUUCCACUCCCGAGGGCCGGGGGCCCCCUGCCAAGAUGUGGAUGAGUGUGCCCAUAGUCCCCCGCCCUGUGCCUACGGCCGGUGUGAGAACACAGAAGGCAGCUUCCAGUGCGUCUGUCCCACAGGCUUCCAACCCAACGCAGCUGGCUCCGAGUGCGAGGAUGUGGACGAGUGUGAGAACCACCUGGCUUGCCCUGGACAGGAGUGUGUCAACUCACCUGGCUCCUUCCAGUGCAGGGCCUGUCCUGUCGGCCAGCACCUGCACCGUGGCCGCUGCAUUGAUGUGGACGAAUGCAGCUCCGGCGCCCCCUGUGGCCCCCACGGCCGCUGCACUAACACCGAAGGCUCCUUCCGCUGCAGCUGCACGCCAGGCUACCGGCCCCCGGCUAGUCAGCCCGGGCCCUGCGCAGAUGUGAACGAAUGCCUGGAGGGCGACUAUUGCUUCCCCCACGGCGAGUGCCUCAACACCGAUGGCUCUUAUACCUGUACAUGUGCCCCCGGCUACCGGCCUGGACCCCGCGGAGCCUCCUGCCUUGACGUGGACGAGUGCAGCGAGGAGGACCUUUGCCAGAGCGGCAUCUGUACCAACACCGACGGCUCCUUCGAGUGCAUCUGUCCUCCAGGCCACCGCGCCAGCCCGGACCUAGCCUCCUGCCUCGACGUGGACGAGUGCCGCGAGCGGGGCCCGGCCCUGUGCGGUUCUCAGCGUUGUGAGAACUCCCCCGGUUCCUACCGCUGUGUCCGCGACUGCGACCCUGGCUACCACGCGGGCCCCGAGGGCACCUGUGACGAUGUGGACGAGUGUCAAGAAUAUGGCCCCAGGAUUUGUGGGGACCAGCGCUGCGAGAACACCCCCGGCUCCUACCGCUGCACGCCGGCCUGCGACCCUGGCUACCAGCCCACACCAGGGGGCGGAUGCCAGGAUGUGGACGAGUGCCGGAACCGGUCCUUCUGCGGGGCCCACGCCACGUGUCAGAACCUGCCGGGUUCCUUCCAGUGCCUCUGUGACCAGGGCUACGAGGGGGCGCGGGACGGGCGUCACUGCGUGGAUCUGAAUGAGUGUGAAACACUGCAGGGCGUGUGUGGAGCUGCCCUGUGUGAGAAUGUUGAAGGCUCCUUCCUCUGUGUCUGCCCCACCAGCCCUGAGGAGUUUGACCCCAUGACUGGACGCUGUGUUUCCCCACAGGCUUCUGCUGGCAUGUUCCCCGGCUCACAGCUCCAGGUGCCCUCCAGCCCGGGUCUGCCGGCCAGGCCACCCCCGCCACCCCCACCCCGCCGGCCCAGUGUGCCACGGCAGGGUUCUGUGGGCAACGGGCGCCGGGAGUGCUACUUCGACACAGGGGCCCCAGAUGCAUGUGACAACAUCCUGGCGUGGAACGUGACGUGGCAGGAGUGCUGCUGUACUGUGGGCGAGGGCUGGGGCAGUGGCUGCCGCAUCCAGCAGUGCCCAAGCACCGAGACAGCUGAGUACCAGUCAUUGUGCCCCCAUGGCCGGGGCUACCUGGCGCCCAGUGGAGACCCGGCCCUCCGGAGAGACGUGGACGAGUGCCAGCUUUUCCAAGACCAGGUGUGCAAGAGCGGCGUGUGCGUGAACACGGCCCCGGGCUACUCAUGUUACUGCAGCAACGGCUACUACUACCAUGCCCAGCGGCUGGAAUGCGUUGACAACGAUGAGUGCGCAGACGAGGAGCCGGCUUGUGAGGGCGGCCGCUGCGUCAACACCGUGGGUUCUUAUCACUGCACGUGCGAGCCUCCACUGGUGCUCGACCGCUCGCGACGCCGCUGCGUCUCCAACGAGAGCCAGAGCCUCGAGGACAAUCUGGGCGUGUGCUGGCAGGAAGUGGGGGCCGACCUCGUAUGCAGCCGCCCACGGCUGGACCGCCAGGCCACCUACACUGAGUGCUGCUGCCUGUACGGCGAGGCCUGGGGCAUGGACUGCGCCCUCUGCCCCGCCCAGGACUCAGAUGACUUUGAGGCCCUGUGCAAUGUGCUGCGGCCCCCUGCGUAUGGUCCCCCGCGGCCAGGCGGCUUUGGACUUCCCUAUGAGUAUGGCCCAGACCUAGGUCCGCCUUACCAGGGCCUUCCGUAUGGGCCCGAGUUGUACCCAGCGCCAGUGCUACCCUAUGACGCCUACCCACCACCACCUGGGCCCUUCGCCCGCCGGGAGGCUCCUUACGGGGCACCACCCUUCGACAUGCCCGACUUUGAGGACGACGGUGGCCCCUAUGGUGAAUCUGAGGCUCCUGCCCCACCCAGCCCGGGCACCCGCUGGCGCUAUCGGCCCCGUGAUACCCGUGGCUCCUUCUCGGAGCCCGAGGAGUUGCCUGAAGGUGGAGGCUAUAAUGGCGCCCCAGCUGGGCGGUAUGAAGGUCUGGAGGCGGAGGAGUGCGGGAUCCUGGACGGCUGCGCGCACGGCCGCUGCGUGCGCGUCCCCGAGGGCUUUACCUGCGACUGCUUCGACGGCUACCGCCUGGACACGACCCGUAUGGCCUGCGUUGACAUCAAUGAAUGUGACGAGGCUGAGGAGACCGCCCCGCUCUGCGUCAACGCACGCUGCAUCAACACCGAUGGCUCCUUCCGCUGCCUCUGCCGCCCAGGAUUCGCACCCUCGCACCAGCCGCACCACUGCACGCCCGCCCGGCCCCGGGCCUGA